UGUACAACUUUUAAGAUGAAGAUUGAUAACUUUUAAAUGUAGUAGUAAUAAAUAACUUCUUUAAGUUGGAAAGGAAAAAAAAAGAAGAGAGAGAGAGAGAGAGAGAGGAAGAGAAAAGGACACUCCUUCAACUCAGCUUUCCCUCGGUGUCUCUCUCCGUAUCAUCUCUGCAAAAUGCCACCUCAAGAGCCCACCUCCGCCGCCCCUCCGCAGCAGUUUGCCCUGGAAUUUCGGGGCGAAGAUGACGCCUGGUACGCCGUCCGUUUAGUCCUUCGCGGUGAAACUCUCAAGGUCGAGUACGAAGACUUCUCCUCCGACUACAGCGACGUCUUCAAGGCAGGGGAAUUCACCACUCUCGCCGACGUCGAGAGCUUCGGACGAAGGUUCCGGCGGGUGUCCUUGCAGCUUCAGGACAGCCAGUGCGGCAAGGUCAUCGAGUGCAUGACCGUUUGUGCUUCUCAUGCCUUCAACGACGACGAUAUCCGCUUCUACGACGCUGUUGUGGAAGAGGUAGAAAACAACGAGCAUUCAUUCAAAGACGGUGAAGAGGAGUGCUUCUGCAACUUUAUUCUCUUCUGGAAAGACGGUCCCAAUGCUGGGAAUUUAACAUCUGCCAGAGUCGAAAACAUUUGCUUGAUUCAACACAGUGACCUUACAGAUCCCACGUUGGCCUCUUUCAUGAAGAAAUCAAGGGAAAAGAUUAAGACGCCUUCAAUAAAUUCAGCUUCUGAAGGUGGAGAAAAAAGAACCAUGGAAACAAGUUCUGCGAAUCAGGCCUUAAGUGUGGAUGGGACAUAUGAAGGGAGACUGAACAAUCAUCCUGAAGUGACUGAACCAGAUCGAGGGAAUAUCACUGAUACCUAUAUUGAGGAAUUUGAUAGACAACAAUAUCAGAUAAUAAUUGAGAAUAUGGAGAAAGAUUUAGGUUCAUUAACAAUUGUCCAAUUCAUAUAUGAGCAAAUUCAUUUAACUCCUGAAGUGUACAUUGUACCAAGUUUCUUAACUCAUUUCCAUCCCAGUGGAAUUGUCAUUGUGAAUGGUAGAGAGGAGCUUAAGAAGUUGAGCAGUUUCUUGAGCAACCCUGAUCACAUGAUCAUCUCCCCAAGAGGAAGGCCAUGGGUAAUGGCUGAAGAACCAAGAAGCAUAAAAGAAAAACCAUUCAUGAACUGGACUCCAUUCCCUCAGGGAGGCAAUGCAGUGAAGGUUGUCCAUUCAGGUACUGAAGAGUACAAAAGAGCUAAACGGCUUUGGGAUCUUUACAUGGAGUACAGAAAGCAGGUGGCUUUGGAGCACAGGAAUUAUGAGCGGCUCGUUCAGCGAGUGGCAGCAACUGAUUCAGGUUCUUGUGUUAGACAACUGUAGUUUAGGAUUUUUCUUCAUUGAUGACACCUACACUGUGAACUUGAAGUUAGCAACCAAGCAUGGGUUUCAAUCAAGGUAUAGUUUGUAACUUCAUAUGAUCCUAUCUUCCUAACAAUCAGAUCUUGUCCAGAUAACAAUGAGGGCUGUUGCAGAGUAAGCACAUGAAUUUGUGAAGAAGAGACAGCUACAGAAGCAUAAUGCAUGAAAAUUUUUGUCAUGGGCAGUUUCAGGCAGCCAAGUUUUUUUUUUUUUUUUUUGUCAUAUCAUUGUGUGUCCCUCACAUGGCUAUAUAUAUAAUUUGAAGGGGAUUAGACUGUUUUCAA